AUGCACGGACAGGCGAGAGGGAGAGAGGGAGGGAGCGCGCGGAUUCCGGUUGCUCGCUGUUUGAUGCGCUGCGGGCGCGGCUGCAGCUUCCUCCGUCCAGGCGUCCACCCGAUGCCGCUCCUCGCCACCCCACCCUAUAUAAUGCCGCGCACGUCAGCGGCCACCGCGGGCCCCGCCACUGCCACCUCUUCCGGUACCUGCUCCCUCCGGGUCCGCCUCCGCGCACCAGGGAGAUCCGCCGCCGCCGCCUCCUCCUCCCGGCUCCCUCGCGCCAUGGCCGCCACCGGAGCCGAUGCCGCCGCCGCUCCCCCGUCCCUGCUCGUCUUUUCAGGUGGAACAGCAUUUAAUGGCGUCGUAGAAGAGUUGAAGAAAGUGACUACCCGGGUUGCGCAUGUCCUACCAGUUUCUGAUGAUGGUGGAAGCACAGCUGAGAUUGUUCGUGUUCUUGGUGGACCUGCUGUGGGUGACAUAAGAUCAAGAUGCUUGAGACUGUCCGAUGAAAGCACUUUGGAAGCACUCUCCGUCCGGAGAUUGCUUGGGCACCGUUUGCCUCUUGAUCCUUCAGAAGCAAAGCUGGAGUGGUACCAUAUUGUGGAAGGAGAACACUCUUUAUGGGAUGGUGUCUCUCGUCCCUACAGGGAAACAAUCCGUGCAUUUUUGGUCUACUUCCAUAAUGAGAUCCUUCGGCGACCAGUUGAAACAUUUUCCUUCACCAAUGGCAGCAUUGGGAAUUUCUUUUUUGCUGGCGCACGCAUAUUCUUCCAGUCUUUGGAUGCUGCGAUCUUUUUGUUUUCACGUGUGUCACAAAUCCCUGCGGAAAGUCUUGUGCUUCCAGUAAUAUCCACAAAUGACAGGCUUACUCUGGGGUGUGAAUUAUGGGAUGGAACUAUUAUCCGAGGCCAAAAUGAAAUAUCACAUCCAAGCAAUGGCCGUAGAGAAGUAGUUGACAAGAACUGUAAUUCAUGCACCGCACUUCCUUCAAGCAUCAAGCGCGUCUUCUACAUGUCAAGUGAAGGUUGCAACCUAUUGCAUGAGGUGUUUCCUGAAGCUAACCAUACAGUUUUGGAGCAGCUAAGUAAGGUGGAUUGCAUUGUAUAUGCGAUGGGGUCGCUAUUUACAUCAGUUUGUCCAUCACUGGUACUGCGUGGCAUUGGUGAGACUAUAGCAUCAAGGUCCAUUCCCAAGGUACUUCUUUUAAAUGGAUCACAUGAUAGAGAAACUAUUGGGCUGUCUGCUUCUGGCUUUGUGACUGCAAUUACGGAUUCUCUAAAUCGGACAUAUGGUGAUCCUGACAAAAGUCUAAAGUAUCAUCCCAAAGACUAUGUUAAUGCCAUAUUGGUUCCUGAAGGAGGCCAAAUUCCUUUAGAUGUUGAAAAUUUGGCAUCUAAAGGAAUUUUUCAUGUGUUAACCGUGAAAUCUGUACGCGACACGAAGGUGGGUGUCAUAUUUGAUCCGCAGUCUUUAAUCCAAGCUCUGACCGGUCUGAUAUCCGAGCACAUGGAUGCAUGCCUCGCGGAACCUGACCCUCUAACUGAAAACGUGACGUCUGUAUGCUGA